AUGGGAGGCAUUGCCGGGAAGGGCAAGGGAGCGCGCCGCCGCCAGAAACUACAAGAAAAUGCCAAGGCGUUCGACAAGAAGACCGGGACGUUCAGGGAGCCAAAGAUAAAACUAGUGGAGGGCCAGGUUUCAAACGUGGACAUGCUCAAGGCCCCGUCGUCUUUCAGAAGAUUCAUGGAGGCGACCAACCGCACAAAGAAGCAGCAAGCUAAGCGCGAAAGGCAGCGGCUCAUUUCACAAGGACUCGAAGUUUCUGAUGACGAGCAAGAUCUGGUUUUUUCAGGUUUAGAAAGUUUGAAGACAGACAUUGAAUCUGAGAAAGCCAGGGUCGAGGCUGGCGUCACUGCUCUGUCCAGUGACGACGACGAAGAUGAGGACUUGAACAAUGGCCCGGACAGAGGCGACGGAGAGAUUCGCGAUGACGAUGACGAGCUCGACAGCGGAAAGAAACACAAGCGAAAAGGCAACCCGGUGGUUGAAGGGGAUGACGAUGAGGAAGGGAAAAAAGCGAAGCGGAAAUACAUGUCUUUGAGGGAGCGCAAACGCGAAGCAAGGAAGGCAGCCAAGUUGGCUAAACAAGAGGACGAGGCUUUCAUGCAGGGAGGCACAGCUGGAAAAGCGGAGGGCUCCCGAGGUGGCGAACCGGGUUUCGGUGAAAUCGCCGACGCGCCUCCGACGAUAACGCUGAAGCGAAAGGGCGGUGGCAAGGGUUCGUCCUCUGUGCCGGUGGCAGAGUCUGGCCAUAAAAUAGCAGGUGGGAAGGGUGGGAAUCGGCAAGCACAAAUAUUCCAGGACCUCAUGAGAACUGCGCAGGGCAAAAAUCCAGGAAAGAGAGCGAAAAACGGAUCCACACCCGGUGUUGGACUGCGCCGGGUUGCAGAAAUGCAAGCGCUAAGAGAGCAGGUGAUAGCUGACUACAGGCAAAUGCGUGGAAAACCUCAGAACAACGGAAGGUCAGCCACCCUGGCCAGCAAUCCGAGCAAACUCUUCUCUUCGAUGUCCUCAGUAGGAGGGGCCACCAUUCGCCGGGACGCUGGUAGAUUGUAA